GUUUUUUUUUUUUGAGUGCGAAUGGCUGCACAAGUUUGGUGCAGCGGCGGCUUUAAAGGCUGCAACCCCGCCCAUGCGCACUAUCACAGGAACGUGGAUGUGCACGCGCACACACGCGCACGAAAAGUUUGGACGAGUCGUCGUGAUUUGUUCCACGCACUUUGUUCCACUUCACGCUGCGCGGAUUUCUUCCUUGAGGAGAGGUGGCAUACUGUUUUUGUUCUUGUUUUUUUUUCCCCCCCUCGAACCCUGAGCGUGGAUCUCAACGAAGAGAGAGUGCGGGAGACGGACUGUCUGCGUGAAGCUUUUUGUUGUUGUCAAUCGUGUGACCGGCGCACACACUCGCACACAAAAAAGCCACCCACAUGGACGCGCACCGUGGCGGCGGCAGCGCGCCCCCGGCCGGCCAGCAAGUGGUGCACGUCCGCGGCGACUCCCAGAGCGAGCUGGAGGCCCUGUUCAGCGCCGUCAUGAACCCGGCCAAGGCCCCCCAGCAGCCGGCCUCGCUGCCCAUGAGGAUGCGGAAGUUGCCCGACUCCUUCUUCAAGCCUCCGGACCCCCGCUCGCACUCCAGACAGGCCAGUUCGGACGGCGGCGCGUGCGCGUCCCUCACGCCUCACCACGUGCGCGCUCAUUCCUCGCCCGCCUCACUACCUGUCAACAUGCCCGACGCGGCCGCAGCGGUGGCAGCGGCCGCGGCCUCCCCACCCGUCAUACCGGACGAUGUGCCGUUGCCGCACGGCUGGGAGAUGGCCAAGACGCCCACUGGACAACGAUACUUCCUCAACCACCUGGACAAGACCACCACCUGGCACGACCCCCGGCUGACACAGCUCCAGUCAGCCGCCCCGCCGCAGCCCAGCCCGUCCCCCGUCCACGCCCACUCCCUGAGCAACCCGGCCACGGCCACCACGCCGCCCAACUGCAAUCCAGACGCAGGUGGGCUGCCUGAAGGCUGGGAGCGGGCCGCCACUGCCGAAGGGGACGUGUACUACAUCGAUCACGUAAAUAAGAGCACCACAUGGCUCCACCCGCGUCUAGGCUUGCUGAGCUUGGUCACGCAGCAGCGGAAGGAGAAAGAAAGACUGCGCUGCAAGCAACAAAUGCAGAUGAACACACAGGUUAUUACAAAUUUUGCCGAAAACCUUUUUUUUUUUUUUUUUUUUUUUUUAAAUUCCCAAGGGGCAAUUACGGAUGCAGAGCGCUGCGUGGUUAUCAACGCACAGGCGCGUGUCGUCAGCAGCCUGCCGCGCUCGUCCGACCUGGCGCUCGCCUCUGCGGAUCACAUGGACACUGGUGAGUGCGGCGAGUCGUCGACUUUACAAGACUCGAUGCCUGCCAUGAGCGAGAGCGAGGAGCUGAUGCCCUGCAUCCCGGAGGGUCUGAGUUCAGACCUCCUGAUGGACAUGGAGACGGUUCUGUCCGGCUCACACAUGGACAGGGACAGCCUGCUCACCUGGCUAUAAAGACGCCAUUUUGUGUCUUCUUCCAAGAACACUUUGUGUGGAUUGUUGACACUAACACGAGAAAGACUUCAAUUUGCCCACACGUGACGAACGCCCAGCGCUACCUUCCCUGGUGCCCUUGAAAUAAUCUCACCUCAGGUGGUCGGAUGCUGGAAUUCAUUCUCUUGGGGAGGUUUUCGGAAGAAUCCACAUGGUCAGGACGCUCAUCAGUAGGCCUUUUGAACCGUGCUGAAGCAACACUUGGGGCACGUUGGGGUUCCAAUGUACAAGUCGUGGGAUGUCUCCUCUGACAAAUAACGGUCACCAUGCAGAAUAGAAAUGAAUAGAAUGACUGUAAAUAAUCCCCCCCCCCCACAAAAGGCCACAGAACGCAGGAGCCCCAAAUGUACGUGUCAUUUGUAUAUUCUGGCUCCUUUCACAAGUUAAUUAUGAUUGAUACCUGCCACAGUACACAACAGAAAUAAACAGAACACUUACAAUAAUCCACAAAAAAAAAAAAAAACACACACAAAAAAUUGAAUGACAUGCACAGGCACGAUGUACCCACAGCGACUUUCUAAUUGAUCUGAUUGCACCGCUUGUCAGUUAUCCAUAGAUGCCACCUCACAUAACAGAAAUAAACAAAACGCCUAGGAAGAAAGUUAAAAAAAAAUAUAUCCACCACUUGCGUGUGUGUGCUAGCUAUUUGUCUUAUACUUAUUGCAGUGGCUCCUCACACCACCUUGCACAAAUUAAACAGAGAGUGCCUAAUAUGAUGCACAAUCUCCAAAUGAAGGGAAGGUGUUUAAUCUCUUACCUUGUGAAGUAAUCGUAUGCAUUUGACGGAAAUGUGUUGUUGUGGUUUCUCGUACUGAGGGCCAUUCCUAAUCUUUCCUUCGCCCUCUUGAGCCAUGCCAGAGGGUCCAAAUUUUAGGAAUGGCCGAGGAAAUGAAUGCACUGAGUAGAGUACUGCCAGCUGUUCCGAAUAUUCUGGUUUAGCCUUCUCGUGUGGUGUUGUCGGAGGCGGCCAUUUUAAAGCUGUUGUUACUCCUGAAGGUAUACAGUACUACAAUCCUUUACCUUGGCAAUAAACAGCAAAUGAAGACUUUUUAUUUUAUUUUUAUUUUUUUCAAGGCCGCUUAAUGGAGCAACAUACUAAUUGUAGAAGUUGCGGUGUGCUUUUAAUAAGAUUCUACGCGUAUCAUUCAUACCCCUUCAGUGCAACGUUAGCUUAUUUGUCUUAGGAUGAUGCAUGACACUCCCCUUAUGGUAUACGAAUAUAUAUGUAACAUAAUGAGCUUUAUUAUCUAUUUACAGAGUUGUGUACCUUUUUAUGCAUGCGGUUCAUCUAUCCAUUUUAUUCUCACUAAUUGUUUGAACUCCAUAAUAAACGUUAAAUAAAUGCAAACCAUGGAA